AAGUAGCGCCGCCAUUACUGCGGUGCUCUGCUGCUAAGGAAGUAGCUUGUUGUUGUUCCCGCAUUGGCUGUUGCAGACGUUCGCUGUAAGUUUACAAGCAAGCUUGGAUGCGAAAAGUUUGUCCAUUUUUUUUUCUUCUCAACGAUGCCGGGAAGAACAUGUUGUGUUUUCGGCUGCUUUAACAGCAGUGCAAAAAUACAGGCCUGGAAUAAGACGGUUUGUGAAAUUCACAAACCUUUGCUGCACCUAGACUGCCCGUGUUUACGGCCUUAUGGAUUACACGGAUUUCCUGGUCGAGCGGAGGACCAAGAUGUGCGUCAAAAGUGGAUGAAAUACAUAAACCGAGAUGGCUUCACAGCAAACAAGAAUACUGUGGUGUGUGGGAUACAUUUUCCUGACGGACAACCCACAAGAGAAAAUCCAUAUCCUGUGUUGUUCAUGGGCUAUGAUUGUCGUGUAACUCCAGCUAGACCUCCACCCAAAAAAAGAUGUCUUCAGCCACUACACCUGAACUCAGCUAUUGAACCAAUGGAAACAGAUGUGGAUGUUGGAAAUUUGGAAAAUUUGCCUCUGCAAACACGUGAUGUUGGAAUCCAGUGGCCAGAUCACAUGGACCACAACUACAGUUUCAGCUGCGGUAACAAGCCGAUGAAGGACUGUGGCACUCAGACUGAUCCAACGCCAUCAGUGUCAGCGAAAAAUUUAAAUAACAAAGACUUUAUAUUUUAUACAGGUUUAUGUGCUGACAGUUUCUGGCUACUUUUGCGAGCCGUUCUGACUUUUUGCUCACAACCACUUAAUACCAAAUUGGCUGUCCAUGAACAAUUUUUGCUUGUUUUAAUGAGACUCCGUUUGGGUUUAUUGUUCACUGACUUGGGUAAACGAUUUGGAGUGAGUAGAACCACUGCAUCUGAAAUAUUUACAUUUUGGAGACCAAUCCUUGCAAGGUUUAUGAGGGAAAAGGUGAUUGUUUGGUUGCCCAGGGAUACGCUGAACAGAAUCAGGCCUAAGACAUUUAACAAAAAUUAUCCUAAAGCCACAUGCAUCAUUGACUGCACUGAGGUCUUUGUACAAAGGCCAAAGAACUUAAGAAAAAGAUCACAAACUUACAGCAAUUACAAACAUCAUAACACAUACAAACUCCUAUACUGUAUAGCCCCCAAUGGAUAUGUUAUGUUUGUAUCAAAACUUUUUGGUGGAAGGGCCAGUGAUAAUUUUAUCACAAAGAACAGUGGUUUUGUUCAUCACCUGAUCCCUGGUGAUGAGAUCUUGGCAGAUCGUGGAUUCACCAUCAAGGAUAUUUUGCCUCCAGGUGUAAGUCUAGCUCUUCCUGCAUUCACACGUGGACGUAAGGAGUUAUCUGAACACGAGGUAACAUCCACACGUCGCUUAGCAAAUGUCAGAAUUCACAUUGAGCGAGCAAUUCGAAGACUGAAAGGUUUUAAGAUUUUAUGUCAUGUUAUCUCUGGUAGGUUGCAAAGUGUUGAUGAGAUUGUAAGUAUUUGUGCAGGGCUAUGUAAUUUGCAGCCUCUGUUAAUCCGUAACAGUACUGAAUAAAAAAAGGAAACACCUGAAGUAUGAGUGAGUGUGUGUGAUGUGGUUAUUAAUGUUGAGGCGAAGGAAGGUCACAGUAUACGAAAUAUUACUUUUUAUUUG